GUUCAAGUUCUGCGAACGUGCGAUACAUAUGGCCAAACAAGGCAAGCGCCAAAUAUCGCUAAAUGUUCGCGUCCGGGUAUGUGCCAGUGCAUGCCCUUUUGGAACAACUACUCGUACAGGGAUCCUAUCAACAUGUUGCUUUUCGACUGCAGUAUACGUACUCGAAGUGCACACGCCCAGCCCUUUUGCGCGGCUUAGAUGCGCCUCGGAGCAUGAACGUUUGAACAGGAGCUGAAUAACAUCCAUUCUACGAGAAGAUCAUUCAUCAGAUAUCAGUCACAUUGGCUGGAAAUCGAAGACGCAGGAAGACCGAUAUGGACAUAGUUACCCCUGGGAUCGUAUAGGCUUUCCUCGGAACACUAACAUGACACUUAAUAGGACAAUGGCAUCUUUCUUGAUUGCCCCGCAGACAUCUCCCUGGCGCUGCUUCUGCUCCUCCUUCAUCGCCCUCCAUCGACGACAUAUUCUAUCCUAACGUAUAUUAUGUCUUCCAUCGAGAAGCCGCCGUCGCCUACUUCUCCCCCUCCUUCUAUCCCUACUUCUCCCCCAAAGAUGAACUCGCGCACGCUGGUGCUCUGUUUCGAUGGGACUUCCAACCAAUUUGACGGCGAUAACACGAAUGUCGUCCGGUUCUAUUCCCUUCUCAAGAAGGACGACGAGGACCAGCAAUUGUGCUACUACCAGCCAGGCAUUGGGACAUACUUCCAGCCUGGCGUGGUGUCGCCACUCUUCCAAUGGGGUGCCAAGGUUCUAGACGAGGCCGUUGCUUGGUAUCUUGACGCCCACGUCCGUGGCGGGUACCAAUUCCUCAUGCAGAACUAUCGUCCAGACGAUAAAAUUUGCAUCUUUGGCUUCUCUCGGGGCGCGUAUACCGCACGUGCGUUGGCUGGUCUGCUACAUAAGAUCGGCUUGCUGCCGAAAGAUAACCCGGAACAAAUCCCCUUUGCCUACAAGCUCUUCAAGAAGACCGAUGCCGCCAGUCUCGUGAUAGCAGCUGGGUUCAAGCAAACCUUUUGCCGUUCUGUCCAAAUCGACUUUGUUGGUGUUUGGGACACCGUUGCGAGUGUCGGUUUGCUCAUGAAUCGCACACUGCCGUUCACGACUACGAAUACAACAAUCAAGACAUUUCGACACGCUUUGUCACUUGACGAGCACCGAGCCAAAUUCCGACCCAACCUUUACCACCGCCCUUCUCCGGAUUCCAAAUCAGCAGCAAGAGACCCUGAACAUGCAAGUCCCGUUCUUCCCACUUCCGAUUCCACACCUCCUAGCCCGUUUACUAUUCCUUCCACGGGCUCCGCCUCUACUGACAGCCAAGAGAAGGGAAAGUUCAAAUGGCGGCUCAAGGAGAAGGUGGCUCGUCUGUCACCUCGUAAGAAUAGAAAGGAAAUAGCUAAGCGUGUAGGUGGUCCGGAGGCGGAGCGAGAACUGAGUGAUGUUGAGCAAGGACGUAAGGACGCUGGAUUUAAGCCUUCCAUCUUGGUGGAAAAUCAGUUCAGCGAUGAAAUCCAAGGCGGGACGGACGUUCUGGAGGUUUGGUUUGCAGGGUGCCACAGUGACGUAGGCGGAGGUUCGGUACCAGACGGUACCAAAUAUAGUCUAGCCAACAUCACUCUCCGAUGGAUGGUCCGUCAAGUUGUACUCUCGCAAUGCGGCAUCAACUUUGACAAUGAGGCCCUUAAUCGCGCCCGCAUUCCCAAUUCCGUCUUCACAGGCGUCGGGUUCCCUGUCACGCCACCUUUGUCUAACUCAAACAGCACGGCUAACCCUGCAAUGAGGCAAACACAGCUACACCCCGAGGAUCCAACUAGGCUGGUCAUCAAGACAGGAUCUUCAUCUUCAAACCAGUCCGAACCCAAUGAUGAUCCUGCUUUGCCAUCAUCCUCAUCGAGUGAUGGAGCAAACCCGUUCUCCUCACCAAAGAUGAAGGAGAAGGACUUGCCGUCUGCGCCUCCAGCUCUGGCUGUGGAAGCUGUUGAGUCUUUUGGGACGGAUGUGAAUAUCUCGAGUAUCGUAAACGACCCUGAAGAUGCCAUUUCACCUGAGCACGACCAGUUGAAGCAGAACCCGUUUUGGUGGUUAUUGGAGAUCAUACCAUUGUCAUCUUCUUAUCAAGAUGGAAAGGGUAAGUGGCAUAAGAAAUUCGGGUGGCAUCUUGGAAGAGGCCGCCAUAUCCCAGGCACUGGUCCCAAGUUCCAUAGCUCCGUACAGUUGCGUUUGGCUGAUCCUACGCUGAAGUAUAUUCCUCGUGCUCAUUGGGACCUAAAUACCCAGACGUUCGUUGACUGAGGAUAUCCCCCAACCCAUUCCUUCCUUGCAUUGUUCGUCUUUCGCUCUCCUCGUCGCUCGUGUUUUCACUUUCUAUCUUUAUCCCCUAUUUCCCGUUGCAUCAUGACUCCAAUUACGACCUCUUCAAACCGAUUUUUCUACCAGAUACUUAACUGAUUUAUGAUGUCUGCCUCUCUGGGUUCUGCGACACACCCUAAUUACCCAUUCGAUUCUCCAGAGUCGAGACGACUUGAUCCAUGACCUCUUGAUACAUCACAAUGAUUCCCAAAUCUGAUGACAAUGACAGUAUGUCCAAUCCAGCAAUAUCUGGCCUGUACUCUUUUGAAACGGAAUAGCAGCUUUCAAUGUACAUGUCACAUUCACCCGUGCGUCUUCACUGAUUCCUGAAACGUCAGUUCCGAUGAGAUAGAUAGUGUCUGUACUACGUAUGAGCAUUGAGGAGGACUGCUUUGCUUCUUGUCUGCUACUUUCUGGGAGAGUUUUGGAUCAUUAAAAGAAUGAAUAAAAUAUGGGAAAUUAGAGGACUAUAG